CAUACCUUUCCACUCAUAAAUCACAUAAGAAUCCAAUCUUCACGCUUGUUUUCAAAGGUGUCUUGAUCAAGAAUGGCAGGAGUUGAGAAAAGAGCAGAUUUUGAAGACUUGUUGCCUGUAAUGGCAAACAAGCUAGGUGGGGAAGGUUUGAUAAACGAGCUGUGUAAUGGGUUUCAGCUGUUGAUGGAUAAAGAUAGAGGGGUCAUUACUAUGGAGAGUUUGAGAAGAAAUUCGUCUUUCUUGGGCUUGCAAGAUUUGAGUGAUGAUGAGCUUGCUAGUAUGGUUAAAGAAGGUGAUCUUGAUGGUGAUGGGGCCUUAAAUCAAAUGGAGUUUUGUGUUUUGAUGUUUAGAUUGAGUCCUGAGUUGAUGCAAGAAUCAAGAUUCUGGCUUGAAGAAGCAUUUGAGGAGGAGCUCAAGAGUGAUGGGCUUUGAGUCAUGCUAGCUGCUGGUGAUGAUCAUCAUUGUUUCUACGGAUUUUUCUUUUGCCAUUGCAAAGAUUUGUAUGCAAAUAAAAAUUAACACCGCCUUGAUAUGGUGCUGACCACUUCAGUCUAGUUUCUUUGUUAUUUGUUUUCUAAUUUGUUGCUAUUGAUGUUCAAAAUUGAAAGGAGAAUACUUAAAUACAGAGCAUUAUUUGCAGGGAAA